AUGAGUGAAAAGGAAGUGCCACGAGCAAAACUGUUGCUAACGGCGCAAACGCUUAGUGGCCCUAAAAAUCCCACCUGGAUCGACUUUGAGCUCUGGUACUCAGAGGCUGAAAAUGUGGCGUCUAUCCCGACCCAAACCCGGAAGAAAUUCUCACGUGGAGGAGGAAUUCGACCUGGACAUCAGGGCGGACAGCUGAGUGAGAAAGCGAUCCAAGCCACAGAUGACGGAGGUCCACUUACCUACCGUACUGGAGUGCUGCUUUCUGCUGGCUAUGUAUGCUACUAA